AUGGCACCAGUCGCCAUCUCCCCACAGGCCUCCCCCGUCUUCAACAAGCGGGAUGGCCAGGCACUCGAAGACCUCUCCGAUGCCAUCGAUGAAGUCAACGUUCUCAAGGACAUGAAGAGACGCGAGGCUCAAAAAUUAGCAGAAGAAAAGGGCCUAUACGAAGAGUCCGAGUUCGACAAAGAGAAAGACAAGACCAAUUUCCGCCAAUACGAAAACGCCUGCGACCGAGUCAAGAACUUCUACCACGAGCAACACACCAAGCAAACAGUCGCCUACAACCUCAAAGCCCGCCACGACUUCCACAGCAAGACACGCGCCGAAAUGACCGUCUGGGAAGCCAUGGAGAAGCUCAAUACCCUGAUUGACGAGUCCGACCCAGACACCAGUCUCUCUCAAAUCGAGCACCUCCUCCAAUCUGCCGAGGCCAUCCGACGAGACGGCAAGCCGCGCUGGAUGCAGCUGACCGGACUGAUCCACGACCUUGGCAAGCUUCUCUUCUUCUUCGAUGCUGAAGGUCAAUGGGACGUUGUCGGCGACACGUUCCCUGUCGGCUGUGCCUAUGACGAGAGGAUCGUCUAUGGUCGUGACUCGUUCCGUGAUAAUGAGGACUUCGGACAUAGCAUUUAUGAUACUAAGUUCGGUAUCUAUAGCCCUGGCUGUGGUCUGGAUAAGGUCAUGCUCUCUUGGGGUCAUGAUGAGUAUCUUUAUCAUCUGGCGAAGGAGCAGUCGACGCUUCCUGAUGAGGCUCUGGCUAUGAUUCGGUAUCAUUCUUUCUAUCCUUGGCAUAGCGCUGGCGCUUACCAUGAGUUGAUGAAUGAUCAUGAUCGUGAGAUGUUGCGUGCUGUGAAGGCUUUCAAUCCUUAUGACUUGUACAGCAAGAGUGAUGGUAUUCCCAGUAUUGAGGAGCUGAAGCCUUACUACUUGGAGCUCAUUGACGAGUACUUCCCCACCAAGGUUCUCAAGUGGUAG